UAUUUAAAAUUCUUUUGGUCAACAGAAAAAUACAAAUAAAAUAUUUGAAAAACCUCUGGUAUCGGUUGUCAUAAAUGUUAUCUGGUCAAAGUAUUUCAAUCAGAUUGUGUCACAUGGUCACCAACAGUACUACCAAAUGUAAAAUCAUAUUUUUGCUAUAUCAGUAGGGUAAAACAACUGAGGGUAAUUAAUAUAUGAUUAAGGUAAAUUUUAAAUACAUACUAGCUUUCUUAGCAAAAACUGUAUUUAUCAUGUAUGUCAAGGGUGGGGAAAUUUGUUACGUGUUUUAAUAUCAUAAAUUUAUCCUGAUAUCAAAACACAUUUGAUAAAAUGUGAUAAAACUGUUAUUUGUACUUUUUGUGUAUGGUUUACAUUUUUGCUAAUUUAAUUAAAAAUUUGGUUUCAAAAUUAUUUCAUAAAAUGUUUUAUUUUGUUUUAUAAUAAUAAGCUUUUUAAUAGCGUAACAAGGUCAAUAUUACCUAAAUCAGCUAUAUUGUUUUUCCUACGCAAUAAUAACUGUUUGAGAUUUUAGAAAUGUGUAUUUGAGCUAUUCAAUGGUGUAAAUGUGUGACAACUAACCCCAGUUUCGGUUUAUAAGAUGAUAAUCUUGUCCCUUUCGAAAAAAAAUGUGCUAAAACAGGCUACUCAGAGUAAUUCUGACUAUUUGCUGUGUUAAAUAGAAAUGUAUUGAUCUUUCUGCUCAACUCAACCUUUUUAUUCUGUAGUGCGCUGUCCAGCCCCGUGGUGCUGAAGGAUUCUCCGGCAUUUGCUGUGAAAGAGAUUUAGUGGGCGGGUCUUUUAAAGAGGCGAAACGUGAUUGAUGCGCCACUGCGCCAAUCAAAACGCAGCAACCAGGAAUUCGUUAACACGUUAAACCACUGGAAUCAUGAGCUGGGAGGGGGUGAGUGCCGCUGUGUCGCUAGCAAUGAUGGGUGCGGGACAAUGUUGUAGCCAAUUAAAGCAAAAAGUGCCUUAUGUUCGGGACUGAAAGAUCAUUUAACGAGCCGGGCGGCCCCUUAUGAAACGGGCUGCGGGUGUGGAGCUCGUUGAGGCUAGAGGUAGCUCGGAUUAAUCGCUACUUAUGCUGCGGCUUUGCGCCUGGUCUUGAGCUCUGCGGCAGGUGAGGAGCUGAACCGGGCCGGGCCGCCCUUAUGGAUCGGCAGCAUGGAUGCUUUCAGUUUCUCCUUUAACAGCAGCGGCGGCCCGGACAGCAAAGACAGCGAUGAAGCCGCAGAGCCCCGGCCGGAGUUUGGCCAUGCGGCAGCGGCGACCCCGUCCGGAGCCGGUUACUGGACCGCCGUGUUCGACUACGAAGCUACCGCCGAGGAUGAGCUCAGUCUGCGGAAGGGGGAUCGGGUGGAGGUGUUAUCCAAGGACUCACUGGUGUCCGGGGAUGAGGGGUGGUGGACAGGUAUGAUCGAGGACCGGGUCGGUAUUUUCCCUAGUAACUACGUGAGCAGUAAUGGCAUCUCGGAGAAGAUUCGGGACACGCCGGAAGACUAUGGCGACUAUUCGGUGCCUCAGUUACAUUUACUUCAGAUAGAUUUCAGUGAGCUGGCGCUGGAGGAAAUGAUCGGCGUCGGAGGUUUUGGAAAGGUCUACCGUGCCAUUUGGAAAGGGAUGGAGGUGGCAGUGAAAGCUGCUCGACAGGACCCCGAUGAGGAUGUGUCACAGACGCUGGAGAGCGUUCGUCAAGAGGCCAAGCUCUUUGCCAUGCUGAGACACCCCAACAUCAUGGGCCUUCUGGGAGUGUGUCUGCAGGAGCCCAACCUCUGCCUGGUGAUGGAAUACGCCCGCGGCGGGCCGCUCAACCGGGCCCUGGCUGGGAAACGCAUCCCUCCUCACACGCUGGUGGACUGGGCUGUACAGAUUGCAAGAGCCAUGCUGUACCUGCACUGUCAGGCCAUUGUACCUGUCAUCCACAGAGACCUGAAGUCCAGCAACAUCUUGAUUCUGGAACGUGUGGAGAAUGACGAUCUGAGCAACAAGACUCUGAAGGUGACAGAUUUUGGUUUGGCUCGAGAGUGGCAUCGAACCACGAAGAUGAGCGCAGCGGGGACAUAUGCCUGGAUGGCCCCUGAGGUCAUCCGCUCCUCGACCUUCUCCAAGGGCAGUGAUGUUUGGAGUUAUGGUGUUUUGCUGUGGGAGCUGUUGACGGGAGAGGUGCCAUUUCGUGGCAUUGAUGGACUGGCGGUAGCUUAUGGUGUGGCCAUGAACAAACUGUCCCUGCCGAUCCCCUCCACCUGUCCUGAGCCAUUUGCCCGGCUGAUGGAAGACUGUUGGAAUGUUGACCCUCAUGCAAGACCCCACUUCACCAGUAUUUUAGACCAGCUGACGGCUAUCGAGGAGUCAGGCUUCUUUGAAAUGCUGGCAGAAUCCUUCCAAUCCCUGCAGGAUGACUGGAAGCUGGAGGUUCAGGAGAUGUUUGAUCAGCUCAGAGCCAAAGAGAAGGAGUUGAGGUCCUGGGAGGAGGAACUGAGUCGUGCAGCUGUACAGCAGAAGUGUCAGGAAGAGGCUUUGCGGCGGCGGGAGCAGGAACUGGCAGAGAGAGAAAUUCACAUUCUGGAGCGAGAGCUUAAUGUCAUCAUUCACCAACUGUACCAGGAAAAACCACGAGUUCAAAACCGUCAUGGAAAGUUCCGCCGCAGUCGACUUAAAUUGCGUGACGGGAACCGCAUCAGCCUGCCUUCUGAUUUCCAGCAUAAGAUUACAGUCCAAGCUUCUCCUUCUUUGGACAGAAGGCGGAGCCUCCUGGGCAGUAACUCCACCCCUCCAAACAGCCCCCCUGUUUUGCCACGCCUCCGAGCGAUCCAGUUGACCCCAGGGGUCGGAUGUCAAGCCUGGGGUCGUAAUGCUGCAUUCCAGUAUGAUGAAGAUGAGGAGAGGAAGACUUCACGCAAGAAAGGGAGAACGCAAAGGGAGCACAGCGCUGAUGAGAGUUUGAGGACUCCUAAAGAGGCCAGUCGGCAGCGUUCCUGCAGUGCUCCAAACCUGCGACGUUCCCCCAGACACAGUCCCGCUGUUCCUGGCGUGUGCAGCCUGGCAGAGACUGAAAAUGAGGACUGCUGCUUCCCAUCGGAGUCAGCUGACUCCCCUAGCCAAUCAUACCUCUGCAUCCCGUUCCACAGGGAUGGAUCCACUAUGGACAGUUACGGCAUUGAGUGCGGUACGACUGGAAUGGCUUCUGAUGUUUCCCCCAGUUAUACGCGGCGGAGCCCCAGUGGAGGCCGUAAAUCAGAACUGGUAUUGCUGGGCUGCGGGGCGGCUCUGGCUGCUGUGGGUUUAGGUCAAAAUCUAUUGGACCUGGUGCGUGUGGAAGAGAUUGUACGUCCGCGUUGGGAAGGGCUGUUUCACCGUAGCGGGGGUCCAUGUCGUGGAGCCAGCCCACCCACACGCAAACUCUUCAAACGGGAAAGCCCCCGUCGCCCUCCCCCUCUGCCCACGUCCCUCACACUCCUGUCUCUUUCAUCUGUGUCUGAUUGUAACUCAACCCGAUCUCUUCUGCGCUCCGACAGUGAAGAGCUGCUUGUGCUACGCCCACCUACACCCGCUAGACAGACUCCAACUCCUCUGAACCCACUGGUCAACACCCACCUGGAGAGCUUUAAACGGCACCCUCGACAGUCUCUGACGCCCACACACGUGCCCUCUGCACCUAGUGCUGCCUGCAGGCUUCAUCGUACACCUUCAGAUGGUGCAAUAAAGAUGGGGUCCCCUUCUGCCCAUAACAACCACAAUCCUGCCCCUACCACACCCUCCAAAACAACAGUGACUCCGAGGACUUUGAGUGAAGACCCCUCAGAGGUGCCCCGUCUUCCUGAUCCAAAUCUCAUCUUCCCACCUACGCCACGUCGGCGCUUCCAACCUGAGCGUCCCAACACUCUGGACUUCCUGGCUAGGCCCCGCCCCUGUCCACGAGCUCGCUGUGGAUCCCAGUGGGGUGAAUCUCCCGCCCACACAUCCAGCACUGAAACCCCAUCCACUGUGGAGUUUGGAGGAGGUGUGGCUGUCUUGCCCACUCCAAUGGAACAACCAACCCCCUGUUCCCCUUGGGUAAAUGACAGCCUUUUGGACCAACAGGAUGAAGGACAACACAGGGAUGGGACACGACCUCUGUCGUCAGAUUCCAGAGACUCACCUUACAGAGUGCGACCAGGGUUUUGCUCCUGAUUUCACCUUCACAAAUGUAGACCCACUUGGUUUCAGAUGUAGCACUUAGACUAUAAAGUCAAUGCAAGGGGAUUUCUAGAUACCCUGGAGGAAAAAACUGCUUAAACCAGAGUAAUAUAGUUAGCUUAUUUUAGCAAACUUAAGGUUUAAGCUGGUUUAAGCCUGGUCAAGCUAGCUGGGUGGUCGCCCAAGUGCCCAAAACCCCCUCUUAAACCAGUCAUCAGACCAACUUGACUGGACUAGAAGACCAACAAAGACCAGCUUGGUCUGGUUUGAAAGUUUUCUUUUCUUUCAGUAUAUGUAUUCACAAUAUUAAGAACUGUUUUUAGUGAUAAGGAUUAAUUACCCAGCAUAAACCAAAUGUGCUUGGUUUUUGCAUAAUCCAGAUGCAGUUAUGAUCUUCACUAUAUCCAAUUCAAUAUUACAGAUUUUCAACACAUAUAUACACUCCUCAUUUUCUUCCUUUUGUAUUUUGCAAUGUUUUUCUUCUUAAAUCAAGAUUCAUUUCCUUGAAAAUCAAAAUGACUGAAUCAAAAGUCCUGUUUUCUUAAAAAAAAAAAAGAUGUGACUUAAUGCUUAAAAAAAUUAUUUGUCCAAUUUAAAGCAACUGUAUGUAGUUUUGUGUAUUUUUGCGACUUUGAAGCCCCCUACAGUUAAGUGGGUGGAGUUCACUAUACGGUGCAGCUAUACACCUACUUUUGUUGUUGCCAUAAUGCAAUUUAUCAUUUUCUCUGAAUUGAGUUCCCUCUCUCUAAACUUAAGUUAAUGUACUAUCAUAAUGAUUUUGAAACUCAUAUUUCAAGGGGGUUUUCUCAUUUUAAGCAUACAUUCAUUAAUUUUGUUAUAUAUUCAGAAUUUUUUAAUAUAAUUUUCUUCUCAAAGUAAUUGUAUCUUGAUUUAAGAAUGCUUCUAAUGGAAAACAAGACAAAAAAAAAAAACUAAGAAAGAAUAUCGUUUAUUGCAGUGUGGGGUCUAACAGUGCAUUUUCAUAAGCUCUUCUUCAGUAAACUCUACUAUUUACCACCAGGCAUUAUAAGCUAUCAAAUAAAAAUACAAUCCAGAUGCUUCUUUAAUGGCCGGGCUGAUUUCUGAGUGCUUUAGAAAAGUACAGGGUCUGCACCUGAGAUCUUAAAAGACAUUUUAUCAGGACACAAACUUCUUUUUUUAUUCAUAUUGAGUGUAUUAUCUCAGCUGUCCUGCUGCGCUGUAUUGACUUCCUCUCUGUAUGUACUGUACACAUGUCUGCAUGUUUAUAGUAGAUUUAGCUCUCUGAACAUAGCACCGGAUUAACUGGGGAACCUGGUUUAUGGUGGAUGGUUUAUUUCUGCUACUCAUUGGAGACUUCAGGUUUUAUUUUCAUUACAUUAAUCAGAUUGUACAACUUUAGAAGUGCUUUUCCCGGUCUCAUGAAUGUAUCGUUCUGUCAUACUUCUCAUAUUUAGACCGUUUGAGAUCACUGAUUGUUCUGUGGUUUUCACUGUAGCAUGCAGCACAUAGUCUAUCACAAAUAAUAUGCUUGUUUAGUGACCUUUUCACUAUCCAAACCAUCAGUAUUAAACAGGGGGAAACGUCUUAAAGAGAAAAGUUUAAAUUUAUUGGCUCUACAUUUUCAGCUAUACAAUAGUCAGGUACAUUAUUGCAGUCUUCCGGUGUUUGUGCAUGUGCAGUAUGUGUGAAUGUGUGUGUGUGUUAUGCAUGCAGUUCAGUGUAACUGAUGGAUUCCAAGGUGUAUGUACAUUGACUUUUGUUGGAGAUUUUUGAGAAUGCAUGUUGAAUUUGUUUUGCAAUUUUUUGGUUAUUUAAAUUAUUUUUAUAUUCUUCACAUUUUUGUUAAGAUAAAAUUGAAGAAGACAAACAGGUCUGAAUAUGUUCAGACAUUCAAGGUGAACAUUCUUUUGCAUGUUUACAGCAGUGUUGUCCUCCGUCUCAAUCCAAUCUUUCAUCUCUACACUGAAGAGGCCAUCUAGAGACAAAACAUUUAGAGCCAAAACAACUGUUUGUGUCUGUCUUCCCCUUUCUGUCACCUGAAACCAGAUUUUGAACAUUAUUUUUCAAGCAAACAGCAAAAUGAACUUGCAGUAGAAUGCAGAGUCCUGAAAUCUGGCAAGAAAAUUUGGCUGGGGAUUUCGGAACUCUCAUUUCAUUCCAUCUGUAUGUCGAACAAUGGUCUUUUUUUAUGGCUUAAAGGAAUGUGUAGCCAUCAUCAGGAGCAUCUGCAAUCAUUUAUCAGCACAAUCACUGUUGUCCUGAAGAGCAGGUGUUUUGGGUUCAGAAGCUGCUGCUAUGAAACUUGUACUUGCACCCGAGCACAUUAGACUUGUGUAAGAGCUCAAUUAAAGCCCUGAAAUGCUGAGAUGUGGUGUUUUGUGACUGACUGUCUUAGGAUAGAAUACAUUCCAGAAAAUAAUUUUCACAUAUUAUCAUCCUCACAGCAAGUAAAUGAGACUUGACUGCCAUUUUCAAAAUGCAUGCUCUAUUUCAUCUCUAUUAAUAUAAGCAUUAAGAAAAGACAGACCCAUUAUUUUUUCAUGCACUGAUCAAUUUUGCUUCCACAACAUCUUGUUUCAAACUAGUAGAAAGAAAAAGAAUGUAAGUGUUUGUUUUAUGACUUUAUUUAUAUGCAUCAGUAGAUUUGAAUUUUGUAUUUUAAAGGUUUUCUGGAAAAGGUGUUUUUAUUUUAUUUUUUUUGGUCCUGCACUGAGCCAGAAAUCUCUACUUUAUCAUUUAUGUAGACCAGACUUUUCCAUUCUAUACUUUUCAUUUUCCGUCAGUCUUAAUACACAAUGUAUUCACCCAAGUUUUAAAUAGGAAAAAUAUAAAAACUCUUUUGAGCAAGAUGUUAAUGUUCUAAUCAGAUUCAAUGAUCUAUGCUAAGCUAAGCUAAAGUGCUACCGCCAGAACCAGAGAUCGGCUGAAUGGAUAAAAAGUGGUAAAACUUAAAAUUAGCCAAUUUUCAAAAGAAGAGUGUUCCUUUUAUGUACUGUGAUUAGCCAUUUGAUAAACUUUUACCCAUCCUUUUCACCAUUUUAUUUAAAUAUUGGCUUAUUAAAAUAUUAUUUAUAUUUGAAUAAAUUAAUAUAUAUAAGGGAUUUAUUAAAUGUGAAAUUAUUGUUUUGUAGUAAUACAACCCAAUUUUAUUUUAUUUGGCAAAUUUAAGAAAAACUGAAUAUUUGCAAUUGAAUUAAAUUUCAUUCUUAUGUUACACACACAGCAUGACUAGGACAGAUUUCCCAUCUGUCCCCAAGAAAGAUUUCUAUGCAACCUCACCAUAGCAACCAGAAUGGAGCACAGAAUUGGACAGUUUUGUUUUACCUGCUGUUUAGCUGCAAGUAAAACCCAUAAUAAGCAGUUGAGUACAGUGAAAGAUAAAAUCCCUUGUCU